AUGCGUUGCCUUGGCGACCAGCGGCGGCCUAGUUCCUCCCUGGAGUUCGCAGAGGGAGGGAGGCCUUCCUCGGAAUGGCCAGUCGCCGGAGCCGGACGGGCCCGCUGCAGAGCGCCCUGUGCCGGGGCAGAGAGCUCCGGGAGCAGGUCAAUGCUUUGCUUCAAGAAAGCAAGGAAGCCGGAGCCCAAGACUCGGAGAAAAGGAGAAGGCUGUGCCAGAGAUGUUUGGAGUUGAAGAGAUCUGUGGAUGAAAAUGCCUUUGCUCUUCAAAGUCUGAAGAAAUCAGAUGAGCCUGCACCUGUGGGAAAUUAUUAUCAGAGAAAAGAAGAGGAAGAAACACAGUUGCUUAAACUUUCUCAGCAGCUGGAGAAACUUGCUUUAAUUCUUAGUCGUGAAAAUGUUAUUAAAGGCUCCAAUGUUGAUGAGAAACAGAGAGACAACUUAAAGCUCAAGCAUGGGAAUGAACAGAUUGAAGAUGCUACUGCUGGUGAUGAUGAUCAUGAUGAUGAUGAGGAUGAAAGUACACAAGAUGAUGAAGAAGAGGAAGAGGAGGGUGAGGGUGAGGAAGAUGAUGAUGACAGUGAUGAAGACAAACACGGAGAUGAUUCAGCUGUUAAUUUUAUCACACUUGGUGAUUUUGCAGCUCAGCAAGAAGGGGAUCUUACAUUUAAAAAAGGUGAAGUUCUCCUCAUACUUGAGAAAAAACCUGAUGGUUGGUGGCUGGGUCAGAAUUCUAAAGGAGAGAGAGGACUUGUUCCUAAAACCUAUCUCACGGUAAAUGUCACAGAAGUUGAAGAAGAAAGUGAAGGGGAAAUGGAAGAAGAUAUAGAAGUAACAGAUGAGACAGCAGGAGGAGCCACAAUUAUGAAAAGGACAGACUCGCACUGGAGUGCAGUUAAAAAGGCUAUCACAGAGAAUAAUACCUUAGAUGCACUGACAACUAUGGGAGCAGUUCCUGCAGGAUUUCGGCCUUCAACACUUGCACAACUCUUGGAAGAAGGAAUUCAGUUUAGAGCUUCUUAUUUCCUGCAACCUGAGCUCACAUCUUCCGGUCUUUCUUUUCGUGAUUUAGUGUGGAAUUCAGAAAAAGGCACUAUUCAGUCAAGGCCAACUCGGAUAGCGCUAGUUGUGACUCUAUGGAACUGUAAAGCGAUUCCGUUUCCUGGACUGAGCAUACAGGUCCUCAGCAGACAUGUUCGACUCUGCCUUUUUGAUGGUAACAGAAUCCUGAGUAACAUUCAUACCGUUAGAGCUACAUGGCAACCUAAAAAUCCAAAAACAUGGACUUUUUCUCCAAGGGUCACUGGCAUCUUACCAUGCUUGCUUGAUGGUGAUUGCUUUAUUAGAUCCAAUUCAUCGUCUCUAGACAUUGGCAUACUUUUUGAACUUGGGAUUACUUAUAUUCGCAAUUCAACAGGUGAGAAAGGAGAAUUAAGCUGUGGCUGGGCAUUUCUAAAACUCUUUGACUCAAGUGGACUUCCGGUUUCCUCCAAAACUUACGAACUCCUUCUGAAUGGUGGGACCCCAUAUGAAAAAGGAGUUGAGGUAGAUCCAUCUAUUUCAAGAAGAGCCAGCAGUAGUGUUUUCCACCAAAUGAUAGCACUGAGGAAGCAGCCACAACUUUUAGUGAAGCUGAGGUCCUUAAGUACACGGUCUAAAGAUAUAUUGAAUAUGCUACCAGAAGUUUUAAUUGGCAGUAUGUGCUAUGCCCACCUCAUGUUGUUUUAUCGUCAAAUUCUUGGUGAUGUGCUCCUUAGGGACAGGCUAAAUAUGCAAAAUACAGAUUUGAUUGGCAAUCCAAUUUUGGCGACGUUUCCCAAACUCAUGGAGCAGCCUGAUCUUAUGGACGCACUCAGGAGUGCCUGGGCAGAGAAAGAGAGCAUAUUGAAGAGAUCUGAAAAGAGAGACCAGGAAUUUCUGAAGUCUGUAUUCAACCUGGUGUACCACGAUUCUGUCUUUCCUCUUCUCCAGUCUGUGAUCCUUCCAGAAUACAAAUGGGCAGAAGAAGAGUCAGAAGGCACACGCUGGCGAAUGAUUGCUGACUUCCUGAAGAAAAACAGAGAAAGAGAGGGUGCCCUCUCCUCUCUGCUAUCAUCUGAAAGUCCUCACAAAGCUUUUGAUAUCAUGGAAAUAGCAUAUGAUUUUGUAGGAGAGGCAAGGACAAAUAAUCCUUUGGUGUAAGUGAAUCUUAAGGCCAUGCAUCUCUGCCAAAUACUGUGUCAAAAAUUCAUCAAUAACCAUAAUGACUAAUGUGGCCAAAAAGGUAAUAUUUUUAUAGUUUAGAUUUGCUAUUAAGAUAUGUUGGGUAACUAUUUUUAAAGAAAAAAAUAUAAAGUUUUAUUUAUUAACUUUGA